AUGGGUGCCGUCUCCGCCGUUCUCAUCGUUCUCAUCACCAUCCUAUGUAUGGACACCGGCGUUCGCGAGCGGUCUCGAUGCGGAGCAUCUGCUGACGAAAUCGAUAGUCCCUCCAUUCGGCGUGUGGGCGGUGGCGGGAUGCGGCAUGGGUGCGUCCCGAUGGCGAGUGGUAGCAUGGCCGGCAGGGGUCUGUCGCUGACACGGACAGAUCUGUUCAUCAACAUCUGCCUGACGAUUCUCGGCUACCUCCCCGGUCACAUCCACGCAUUCUACAUCGAGUACGUCUACUACGACCGUCGCGAGCAGGCGCUCGAGGGCCGCUUCCCAACCGCGCCCGCGCCCGGCGUCUACUCGGACAACGUCCAGACGGGCGGCCGGGGCUACGGCACCAUGGUGCCGCCAGGUGCCUGA